AUGGCGUUAAGAGUUGACAUUGCAAUCAAUAAGCUGGAGAAACUGAUCCGGCGGCCAAGCGAACACGAAGCAAGAUUCGAGAAAGAAGUGCAAAUGUGCAGUGGAAAGGAGAAGUGUUAUGGAAGCCAAGAAAUAAUGGUAGAGCUACUGAAAAUUGCUGAGCAACAGGAAGCACAUCCACAGAAUACAGCAUAUCCUGAUCCUUCCUCCAAAGAUGUCAACAAGCCUGCUUCCAAGACCGCUUCGGCGAGCAGAUCGGUCAUUGAGAAGUCCCACCUUGAUGCCUCGCUACUUUACGAACUGUAUGCUGAUUUACGCAUCUUGCUCGAUGAGAACUGUGCGCUCUUCAUGUUCAAGCUUGACAGGCAGACAUCUGACAUCAAAGAUGCUAUAAUGGAUUCUGAAGCACGCAUCAUAUGGGCCUUCAACAACAGAUUCCAAUGGGUCAAGGAUCCACACCUCCAAUAUAUCUGGAGAGAAAUGAAAUGGACAACAAGUGUCAAGGCACUAUACUUCAUCGUGGAACUCUAUGACUAUUAUGUGAAUCGUUUCUCCCACCUCCAUUAUGAUGCUCCAUGCCCACAAGUGACAUCAAAUGCUUCAUCUUUGAUGGUGCAAUUUCCAUCCCCAACACCUACUGUCUCCGUCACCUUGGAUUCAGAAGGAGAAGAUCACGAGAUUCCAGCAGUAGAUCCCGCAUACCACGAGCUUCCUGCAGUUGACCCUGCAGACAAGUGGUGCUUGAAAUACUUGAGCAUUUUCUAUGUUCCAAGUUUAUUGGAAAGCUUUGAUGGCGAUGCAAAUGGUUUGGUCAGCAUAAGGGAAGUGAAUGCCUUUACUUCUGCGAUACCUUCGGGCUGGAGUCUGCUGCAAGCACUUGCAUACUGGGCUGCAGGGUGGAGAGUGGAUAGCCAAUAUUACCACACGCAAAUUGAACAGAUCUUGGACAGCAUGAUUAAUGUGCAAGCAGAUGCGCUUCCAGAAAAUUGGAGGUGUAUUGCUAGAUACUUGAAUUCAUAUGCUAUUCAUGAGCUUGGAACAGUGAACUCGGACUUGGAUCUCACGCAAUUGGUUGCUCGGCAUCGCACGGCUCAGGAGCAAAUGCUAGCGGAUAAGCUUAGCAUUGUGAAGUAUGAAAUUGACUCCAUGGAUUCUAUCAAACUCUUCGGAUCUGGUCGCAUUGAAAAUAUCAUGAAACUCGCCUGCACAGUAAUCCUGGCUGAGAGAGAACUUGAGUCUACAACUCAAACAAUAGAAAAUAUCCUGGAGGGGGUGUCUCUGCAUGUGGAGCAACUGGCAGAAUCAUUCCGUCAGCAGGGAAAUGAUCCAAAAGUGAGAUUCACUUGGUUUGAUGAAACUGAGCUGGAGAUCGAUACGACAGCACUGAAGUUUGGUCCCUUCAGUCUGACAAAGGACGAUAAUCUGUUAGAAAGACUGCACUUUGUUGCAUUUUAUCCCGGUGACUGUUCGAGUCUAUGUGUGACGCAUGCCAUCACUUUGUCGAUUGUGAGCGCAUUGAGUGUGAUGGAGACAAUCCUCCUACACGAGAUGACUGACCUUCUUGCAUAUAUAGAAGAUGACUAUGAUAUGUUUGCUACAAGCAAGGUCGACACUAUGCUAGGAAUUUCUUAUCCGCUUGUGUGCCUGCUGUGGCACCAUCAGAAUGAUUAUUGGAUGUGCAAGAAGACAAACCCCAAACACCAUUAG